GCACAUAUAAUACUGCAGAACAAAUAAAUAGGGAGAGAAGUGCACGCAGCACGGCGAGCGGACACGCAUAAUUGACAAGAGAAGGCCCCAAUGGAAAACGGACUAGCCACUGGUGGCCUCCCGGCAGACGAUCUUUCUUCAUCAUCGCCGGCUAGUAUCGUAUCACAAUGGAGCUUCAAUGUUUCACGGCGGUACCAACACCUCCUUGACAAAUCGGUCCCCCACGUCCUUUAUCGAUGGAUCGCGUGCCUGGCGGUGGCGCUCAUCUAUGCCGUACGCGUGUACAUGGUGGAAGGUUUCUAUAUCAUCACGUACGGGCUGGGCAUAUACAUGCUCAGCCUCCUCAUUGGGUUUCUCUCUCCGCAGAUUGACCCCGAGAUCCAGGAGGGCCCUACUCUCCCCACACGCGGAUCCGACGAGUUCCGCCCCUUUGUUCGGCGCCUGCCUGAGUUUAAGUUCUGGUACUCUAUUACGAAGGCCUUCUGCAUUGCUUUUGUUAUGACAUUCUUCAGCGUGUUUGAUGUACCCGUCUUUUGGCCAAUACUUCUUUUCUACUGGGUCUUACUAUUCAUACUCACUAUGAGGAAACAGAUGAUGCACAUGAUCAAGUACAAAUAUGUUCCGUUCUCUUUUGGAAAACAGCAAUAUGGAAAGAGAGCCCCCUCAACUGACAGCCCAAGCCUUUCUAGGGAUUGAAUUCCUCAGAUGGGGAUAGAGGGACAUUAGCGGAAGUUGUCCUGAGGACUAAUUUUGGCAUCUCGAGCUAUUAUUUACCCCGUUCUUUACUAGCAACCCUUCAGACAUACUGGUUGAAAACUUAGCUUUAGCUUGGGGAACUAAGGAGUUGAAUUUUCCUUUACAUAAGAACUUCCUUGUGUACAGAGAGGAUAUCCUACCCCUAUAUUUCCGAAUGCUGAAUAUCUAAUCUGGUGACUUGUGGUUUACUGAAGGGAAUACUAGCCAGGCAGUGCAGUAGCUGUAGUUAUAACUUGUACUUUUCACUUUCUCUGUUAAGGAUACACUUAUUCCUUUGGCAUUAUGAGAAUAAAUCAGAAAUCUUAUUGUUCUUCUG